AUGGUGACUCUGCGCUCUCAGAGAGAAACCGGGAAAUCGGUGCCGCCGGAGGCGCCGGGCCAAGCCGAUCUGGAGUUCUGCAAGUACAUGUCCUACGGACACUCCUGGGAGAAACUGGUGCUGCCUGACAAGUUCGGGAGCACGGUCAUGGGCCGUGGGCUCCCGGAGGUGAAGCUGCGGGUGGCAGGCGGAGAGCGGCGCGCGUGGGACGUGGAGGUCGUGGCCGACGAGUACGGCGACGUGUACCUCGCUGGCGGCUGGCGGGAGUUCGCUCGCACCAACGGCCUGGAGCUGGGUCAGCUCCUCUUCUUCCGCUACGACGGCGUUGCCCUGAUCACCAUCAGGGUCUUGGAGGGGAAACCGUCACCCGACCAGGACGAGGAGGAGGAGGACGGCGCGGGUACACUUCGAUCUCUCGCGGCGUUCCCUUUGGUUUAUCUUCUCUUGGAAUUUACAGUCUUGCGCGGUCGAACUAAAACAGAAGGGAACUCUUCGCCGCCGGCGCCGGCCCCGGCACCAGUGCCGGCCCCGAUGGGCAGUGAAAGCAGUAACGGUGGCGGCGACACGGCGGACGUGGGCACCGUUGACCCGGCGUCAUCGCAGUUCAUCGUGAUGCUGAAGGAGUGCCACUUCGGCCUGAAGCAGCAUCAGUACCUGCACGUGCCUGCAGAUUUCCAUAAGGCUCAUGGAUACACGGAGAGGAGGAGGGUGGUGCUGCAGAUGCGCGGCAAGUCGUGGACCGUGAACCUCAAGCAUACCAAGCUCGUCGGAAGCGGGAGGAGACGCACGGCGCUCAGGUACGGGUGGCACCAGUUCUGCGUCGACAACGGUCUUGGCCUCGGCGACACCUGCUUCUUCCAUGCGCUCCCGGAGGGCAGCGGCGAGGACCACGUGCUCAGGGUUGAGGUGCGCAAGCAAGACGGCACCAUUGUCAAGUGA